UACAGCAGCUCUUUAAAGAUGACACCCACUGUGACUCUCAACACCGGGGCCAGCAUGCCUAUCGUGGGCUUGGGGACAUGGAGUGCUGAAGCAGGCAAGGUCACGGAGGCAGUGAAAGCAGCAAUCUCUGCAGGCUACAGACACAUAGACGGAGCCUACUAUUACCAGAAUGAGGACCUGGUGGGGGUUGGCAUUCACACCAUGAUUGGCCAGGGGGUGGUGAAGAGAGAGGAGCUUUUCAUCGUCAGUAAGCUGUGGUGUACUCUCCAUCAGAAGUCUAUGGUGAAGGGAGCCUGUCAGAAAACUCUGAGUGACCUCAAGCUAGACUACCUGGACCUCUAUCUAAUACACUUCCCUAUGUGCUUUCAGCCUGGAGAGAAUCUAUUUCCUUUUGUUGAAGACGGACAGGUAGCCGCAGGUGAAAGCAACUUGCUGGACACUUGGGAGGCUAUGGAGGAGCUGGUGGAUGCUGGUCUGGUCAAGGCUAUCGGUGUCUCCAACUUUAACAAAGACCAGAUUGAAUCCAUCCUAAACAAGCCAGGCCUCAAGUAUAAACCUGCCAACAACCAGAUUGAAUGCCACCCCUAUCUGACCCAGGAGAAGCUGAUCAACUACUGUCACUCUAAAGGCAUCCAAGUGACAGCCCACAGCCCUCUGGGCUCCCCAGACAGACCAGGGGCGAAACCUGGUGAGCCGUCUCUGCUUGAGGACCCAAAGUUAAAGACCAUCGCUGAUAAGCACAAUAAGACUCCAGCACAGAUCCUUAUCCGCUUUCAAAUCCAGAGGAAUGUGAUCGUCAUUCCCAAGUCGGCUACGCCCUCCCGGAUCAAGGAAAAUUUUCAGGUGUUUGACUUCGAGCUGAAUGACGAAGACAUGAAAGUCAUCUUGAGUUUCAACAGGAACAUGAGAGGAUUCGCUAUGAAAUGGGGCAACAAGCACAAAGACUUCCCUCUGCAUACAGAAUACUGAAACCUCCGUGUGGACACCCACAUUCCUACACUGGGGACAUACAGUGUGAAGUCCAGUAGUUGUACAGAUUCAACCACUACGGUGACCUUGUUCACGAGGCAAACAGAAUGUCAUUGUGUAAUGUAAUAAGUGCCAGAUAUUGUUGCCUUUACUUGUUCAGAGUUUAAACAUGUUGUACAUUUACCUACAUGUUGGGAAGUGCCUUUGAAAGUAUGGUGUACCUGUGCUUCUUGUUGUAAUAUAAAAUUAUAUUAAUAAUU